CGGAACCCGACCUUUAUUCCUGUCGCCGUCGUUUGCCCUCUGCAGUCUCGACCUCAUGCCCAAGAUAACACUGCUCAGCGGGCACACCUGGGCCUACGUCGAUGCCAACCCAACAGCGCGCAAAGCCAUGAUCUGCUUCCACGGCUUCCCCGACUUGGGAUUUGGGUAUCGACACCAGAUUGGGCCGUGGGCGCGCGCCGGCUAUCGCGUCAUCGUGCCCGACAUGCUCGGGUACGGCGGUUCAGAUGCUCCUGUCGACCCCGCGCAGUACACGACGAAGCGCUUGGCGGACGACCUUGCUGCGUUGCUCACUGCUCUGUCCGUGGAGCGCGCUAUCGUCAUCGGGCACGACUGGGGGUCGUACACUGCUGGCCGAUUCGCACUGUGGCACCGUGAACGCGUCGAGGCGUUGGUUCUUAUGAGUGUCCCCUUUACGCCACACCCUCCUGCGCCAGUCACCUUGCCCGAUGUUGUAGCGCGUGCACCCAAUCUUGCGUACCAGUUGUAUCUCGCCUCGCCAGUCGCCGCGCCGACCAUCGAGGCCAAUAUGUCCAAGUUUCUGUCCCUUAUAUUCUCGUCCUCCGAAACGAUGGCGUCGUGGACAGCGGCCAGCGAUUCCCUGCCAAAAUUCCUUGCAGAAAAGGCGGUCCCGAAGCAGCUGCAAGCAUGCAUCCUCAAGGGCGACGCGUUUCGCGCGUACGAGGCCGGAUUCAGCGCUCGCGGUAUGACGGGUCCGACCAACUACUACCGCACCACGCAUCUCAGAUACCAGGAGGAGGAGGCCGGGCACAUGUCCUCCGAGUUCCCGGCCGACCUUGAUGUGCUGUCCCUGUACGGGACCCUGGACGCGACCCUCGCUCCCGCCGCUCUGAAGCUCCAGCGCCGUUUCAUCACGCGGCUCACGGAAAUCCCGCUUCCCGAUACAGGACAUUGGGUCCUGUUCCAAGAUGUAACAGUGGACUCAGAGCCGCCGGCUUAUCUGGACGACGGCGAGCCGAGUGAUCCCCUGAAGGGCUGGCGUGAGAAGAUGAGCAGCGGAGCAUGGGAGAAUGGACGCGGAGAUGGGGGCAAAGUCGGGCGUGCGGUUUUGGAUUGGCUGUCUGGGACUGCCCUCAAGGGUAGGUUGUAGCGACGUCUCAUUGUGAGCGAGCUAGGCAAUCAUCAUUCUUCGCUUGAGACAUCGAGACCAUCCAUCUACACGCAACCAAAGCACAACGCGCACCAUACGUGUGGUAUUCGGUCCAGUGGCGCGAGCUCUUGACCAGCUCAUGAUCAAUGCGCUUCUCAGCAGGCUUUCCACCUGAUCACCUGUGGCUGUGCAUCAACGCGAGUGAUUGGCGUCGUUUCAUGCUACUGUCUUGCUUGGAAACUGGUGCCCUUGUCUGCUUUUGUCCUUCCCCUUCAUAUCUCCUGGGACCCUCAAAGAAUCUUCUCGGCUAUUAUGAACCGAUCAGAAUCAGAGCUAUUAUUGUAUGGGCCAAAACACGACCUUGGCUUCCACACCCUUUUGUUCUUCUUGUCCUAUGAUCGAUAUGGGGUCGCGGCCCUGCAUUUUUGCACACCCGUCUGUUUUGUGGAUACUUUAAAAUGAAGAUGCGAUGUCUGCAUCCCACCAGUCGCAACAAGCCCCAUUGGCAAUGUCGUCAACGCCUUCGUCGCUCGCUGUUAUUGAAUCGCCUGUGGAACAACCGCCCGCUUCCACAUCGUCUGCAAAUAAUUCACCUUUACCAUCACCCUCGCCAACUAUCCCAGACGGCCCGCGGAUGGGCAUGUUGCCUUUGCCCGAUAUGGAUAUCCCGGGGUCGCCGGUGACUGUCGAUGCCGACAUGUUUCCUCCCGACGAGCUCGAUACGGGCAUUCCAUUCGACCGCGAAUUAUUCGAACUGCUCACGUCCGUGGACACGCUCAUGUACGGCAGCGGCAGCAGCAGUCCCCGCGCGUUCGCACACACCGGGGACCUCCUCGAUUCUCCCGACGGCCAGAACAUGCUGCAGUUGGAUCCCACGACGUUCGAGACUCUGCGGCAGGAGAUCGACGAUGAGUUCGAGCGUUCGAUGCAGCUUGUCUUUGGGUGUCGGUCGUCCGAGUGGCUUGAGGCGGACUUGGGCAUGUCGCCUUCGGAUGCUGAAUUCGACCGCCUGCAGGAAGAGUACAUGAACACCUUCGGCGCAGAAUUUCCCCUUGAACUAGUGCCGCCGCACUUAUUGCACGGCGGUCAAGAAACUGAGGCUUGACCUCCUCGUUUAGUCCUGCUUUUUGUUGUAUUUCGUACUCGUGCUAUCAGACCGUGACACCUGCGCCGCGCCACCAUCUCACAACACCGUCCUGUCC